AUGUACACGAGGAGCUACAUCUACCUCAAGCAACUACCCUCCCCCAUCACCCCACCCCUCGCCGUACCAUCCUCCCUUCGACCUCCACCCACAUCCCCAGCGUCUAUGGGGUUCCCUUCGCCAUCGUCCAUCGUCUCGUGCUCUGCGCGCGCCACGUCGUUGUUGUUGGCCCCUUUCCUUCAUUCUCGCCGCUCCCUUCUCCCCCUUACAUCCCCAUCCCCUCACCCUCGUCCUUUAUCUGCUCUGCAUCUUCUCGACCUCGCUUACGCGCCCGCAGAUCGAUACUGCAACGUCCGCGUACCCGUGCUGACCGCCGCUGCGACCCUUCGUCGAAGAGAGGGGAGUGACAAAGAUGCCCCUCCCCUCACCCUCGCGCAUGUGAUGCGAGAGCGGCAGAGCGUUCCCCGCGUCGCUCCGAGUUUGCUUCAAGACCCCCACGUUGUUGAAGGGGGGGAUGGUCUCCCCGUACUUGGGAGCGUGCUACCCCGUCGUGCACUUCGAUGCGAGUGCGACGCGACGCCCGGGGUGAGGGUCUCACGAGGUCGGGGAGGGGGGAUGUCUUUGCACCCUCGCCCGCCCCUCCCCACCUGCGCGGCACAGCGGGAGAAGCCCAAUGUUGCUAAUCUCGUCGCGCUUGAGGGGGAGGAGGUGGCGAAGUCGGAGGAGGGAGGGGAGAGGCAUGCGGCAUAGAUAAUGAGCGGCGCGAGUUGGCCGUCUUGCGUAUGACGCGAUGCCCAACGUGCGAAGCCGCGGCACUGGCUGCGAGUGCGGGAGCUCGCGGACUUGUUCUAAGACAUCGAGGGAGGGAUGGGGGAGUUUGUGGCGUGCGCGUUCGCGGCGCCGCCGACUCUGCGC